UUUUUUUUUGUUUUGUUUUAGGCCACGAAAACGGCAGGCAAGGACAAAUCGAAGAACAUUAUGCGUGAUCUGCGGAUCCGCAAAUUGUGUCUGAACAUUUGCGUCGGUGAGUCCGGUGACAGGUUGACCCGUGCGGCCAAGGUGCUGGAGCAGCUGACCGGCCAGACCCCGGUUUACUCGAAGGCCCGUUAUACGGUGCGUUCGUUCGGUAUCCGCCGUAACGAAAAGAUCGCUGUCCACUGCACAGUCCGCGGCGCCAAGGCCGAGGAGAUCCUCGAGCGUGGCCUUAAGGUCCGGGAAUACGAGCUGCGUCGCGACAACUUCUCCCAGACCGGCAACUUUGGCUUCGGUAUCCAGGAACACAUCGAUCUGGGCAUCAAGUACGAUCCGUCGAUCGGUAUCUACGGUCUGGACUUUUACGUCGUUCUGGGACGCCCGGGAUACAACGUCGCCCAGCGACGACGCAAGACCGGCAAGAUCGGUUUCAUUCACCGCCUGACGAAGGAGGACGCAAUGAAGUGGUUCCAGCAGAAGUACGACGGUAUCAUUCUGAACAGCAAGGCCAAGUAAAGUGCGUUCCAUACAAAAUCACGUUUUACCGCUGUCUUUGUAAUAAGCUAAUUAAAGAUUAAAAGAAAGAAAAGGAAACCACAAACACCUUGAAAGUUGGAA